AGGGAAGAAAUUGCGACCGAAAUUAUCCUCUCCCUUCCGCAAAGAGGGACAUCAUUUUGCUCUCAUCAACCCAUCCCGGCUCCAUAGCCUCCAAGGGAUGGUGGCUUCCAUUAAUAUAGCUCUGGUUGCUGCCAUUGGUUGCCGUGGCCUCAGCACAUCACAAACCCUGCGACGCACAUUCGCAAGAACUCGUGCUAAUCUCAGUGCUUUCUGCGACAAUUACUUGGCUGUUCCCCGUUCUCCGAAGAGCAGUGUGUUCCGCUGUGAAUCCUCAAUAGCAGAUGUUACUGUUGCACAAACUCCGACUUCUUCUGCAGAAAUUGGAUUCCCUCAAUAUCAUCGUUUGCUUCCAUGUCCCUCACUCAAUGGACCACCAAGAGUUGAACAUCUGGUCGUUUUGGAAGGGGGGCCUGUCAUGGAGUACAUCUCUAAAUCCCUCGAUCUUCCUCCUCUGUAUGUUGCAGAUCUCAUUCAUUUUGGUGCAGUAUAUUAUGCCCUAGUAUGCCCACGGCCCCCGCCAACUGCAACCCCUGAGCAAAUUAGACUAUUCAAAAAAUUUACAGAACCAUCAUUAUUGAGAGGGCGAGCAUCUAUCAAAGGGAAAACGGUAAGAGAAGCACAGAAGACUUUCCGGAUAACUCGUGUUGAUGAGUUUAUGGAGGUUGGAACGUAUUUGCGUGUUCACGUGCAUCCUAAACGCUUUCCAAGGUGCUAUGAAAUUGAUUGGAAAUCAAGAAUUAUUGCUGUGAGAGAAUCCUAUGUGGUUUUGGACAAACCUGCUGGUACAUCGGUUGGAGGCACUACUGACAACAUAGAAGAAAGUUGUGCAACUUUUGCAACUCGUGCUUUAGGAUUAACAUCUCCCUUGUGGACUACCCAUCAGAUUGACAACUGCACUGAAGGCUGCAUCAUUCUGGCAAGGACAAAAGAAUAUUGCUCUGUCUUUCAUCGUAAAAUCAGAGAGAAAAAGGUUAAGAAGCUUUAUCUUGCUCUUGCUGCUGCUCCUGUGCCAAUAGGAAUAAUAACACACUAUAUGCGACCAAUUAAUAUGGCUCCAAGACUUGUUUCAGAAGAUUGUAUCGAUGGAUGGAACUUGUGUCAGCUUGAGGUGUUGGAAUGCAGAGAGGUUCCAUGGCCGGUUGCUGAUAUUGAAGCAAAAUACUCUAUUGAAGAAUGUGGGUGGCCAUCCAAAAAGAAAGCAUAUGAAUGCAAAAUCAACCUCUUGACUGGUCGGACACAUCAGAUUCGAGCACAAUUGGCCGAUUGUGGAGCACCAUUGGUUGGUGAUUCCAUGUACAUGCCUGCGGCAGUUGCAGAGACGACUAAUCCUGGGUUGAAUCCAUUUGGAAAAUGUCAGAAACAGUAUACAAGUGAAGAAGAUAAAGAAAUGGAUGUGACAGAGUGGAUUGCACGACAUGGAAAAGAACCAGCUGUUGCGAUUGGACUUCAGGCUUAUGAGAUUUCUUGGGAUGCUGGGGAACACGUUUACAAUGCUGGGAUCCCUUGGUGGAAGCAAGAACAAUUAUAGCUCGAUAUCGACUCCAAGUAGCCGUUUUGCAUUAGCCAAAAUUUCUCAAAUCUGUAAGGUUAUUCCCACCACCAACAUCACUCACACAAGAGUAGAAGAAAAUACUCUCUAUGUUGUAUUGCUCUAGAAUCAAGUUUUUUAUAUACAAAGAUACCAAGCCAUAUACAACCA